UGACGAACGACCACCAAAGCAGGAAAUGUACCUCGAAACAACAGAUAGCAUAUUUAAGUCAUUCAAAAGACAACAAUGCAGCGUUUGUGUAACGGGAUACAUCGUUUAUUAAGGCUAUGGAUGGUCUAUGUGUCUCUUUUCAUAAAUCAUGGAUUCGCCGGUAAAAUGAAGAUAGUCGAGGAACCAAACACAUUUGGGUUGAACAAUCCUUUUGUGGCUCAGGCAAGCAGACUACAGCCUAAAGUGACCCCAUCUCCAGUGUCUGGCCCUUCACAUUUUCAUCGGCUUUCUGGGAAGUGCUUCAGUCUGACAGAGUCAACGUAUAAAUAUGAAUUAUGUCCAUUUCACAACAUCACCCAACAUGAACAGUCAUUUAGAUGGAAUGCCUACAGUGGGAUACUGGGGAUCUGGCAUGAGUGGGAAAUGGCAAACAACACUUUCACAGGCAUGUGGAUGAGAGACGGAGAUACUUGUGGAACGAGAAACAGGGAAACAAAGGUGAUUUUUGUCUGCAGUGCAAGCAGCAAGCUUGCUCAAGUCUCAGAGCCCAGUACUUGUGUGUACUCGCUAACCUUUGAGACCCCACUUGUUUGCCAUCCACAUUCGCUUUUAGUGUACCCAACACUGAGUGAGAAGCUCCAAAGGGAAUGGGACGAAGCUGAACAGGCUCGCUAUGAAGGUCUUAUUACUGAGCAGGGAUACACCAGUCUUUUGAAGGAUAUUUUUGAGGAUGCUGGUCUCCUGAAGAGCCAGAAAGUGAAGAAAAAGCAGCCAGAAAGUGCAGCUGACUCAGAAACACACAACUCUUUACAGAAAUGUACAGAGGAUUUCCAAAAACAGAGAGAAGAGAUUGAGAGACUGCGUGCUCUCCUCACUCAACACAAUAUUCCCUUUGAUUCAAAGCAAAAUGAAGCAAAAGGAACAGUGGUUACGACGGCUAUGAAUCAACACCUACGGGGAGAUAACGGGCUUAUUGAUCCGCAGUGAAAACUCUCCCAGAGCAAGUCAACUCUCCAUUUAAAGCACCCGAGUGGAUUUAAAGAUUUUGUUGAACAAUGAGAGUGACA